CAAUUGUAUCCACUCGAAAAAGUAUCAAAGCCUGGCGUCAUUUUCCGAUCCGCCUCGGUCAGUGCAAGUCUCAGAGGGUCUCCUAGGUCAUGACAGUGGACGACGCGUCCGUCUCGGGCGUACGACAACGCAAGCCACACGGCCACACCUCUAGCGAUGGCCCUUCGUCGCCCAAGGCCUUGGCCAAGGAGGCCGUCGCCUCGGCCUUCUCGUCCACCAAAAAGGAGCAGUUCCAGGCCAAGAAAACGUUCCAGGACGCCGCCCGCUCGCUCGGCCGCACGCAGAGUUGGCACGCGCGGGCGGCCGACCACGUGGCCAGGAAGCGCAUCUACUCCAUCUUGGCCGGUGUCAUCAUUGGCGUCGUGGCCGUCAUCAAUGUCCAGAAAUUCUACCUGGAGCAGCCUCUGAUAAGUGAGGACUCGCUGCUCAUGGUUCGGGAAAUGUUCGACAACUUCAACUGGUCCGUGAACGUCCGGGAUGAGCUCUUGUCCGCCUUCGACAACCGGCCGGCUCUCCUCGGGGCGGCCGAGAAGCGGCCCGGCGUCCAAUUGUUCCAAGAGAACGUGACGGCCUACUCGCCCGUAGUGUUGGUGCCGGGCUUCACGUCUACGGGCCUCGAGAUCUGGAACGGCAGUGACUGCAGCAAGGCCUACUUCAGACAACGCAUGUGGGGCACGUCCAGGAUGUUGCAGCAGUUUAUGAUGAACCAAAAGUGCUGGUUAGAGCACAUGAUGCUCAACCGGUCGUCAGGUAUGGACCCGGACGGGAUCAAGUUGCGCGCGGCCAAAGGCCUGGAAGCGGCCGACUAUUUGAUCGGUGGCUUCUGGGUCUGGGGCAAGAUGGUGGAGAACCUGGCCGAGAUCGGAUACGACAGCAACAAUCUGUACAUGGCCGCGUACGACUGGAGGCUCAUGCCGCAUCUGCUGGAGAAGCGCGACGGGUAUUUCACCAAACUCAAGUACACGAUCGAGAUGGCCCGGAUGUCGGCCGGCGGCCGCAAGGUCAUGCUGGUCACGCACUCGUACGCGACGCAGGUGUUUUUCCACUUUCUCAAGUGGGUGGAGAGUGACAACGGAGGCAAAGGAGGCGACCAGUGGGUGGAGAACAACGUCGAAUCAUUCGUCAACAUCGCCGGCCCGACAUUGGGCGUGGUAAAGACGAUCAGUGCGUUGAUGUCGGGCGAGAUGAAGGAUACGGCCGAGCUGGGCGGCCUGUCCAAGUUCCUGGGCUACUUUUUCAGUGUAUCGGCCCGUACGCAGCUGGCCCGGUCCUGGACAAGUGUGUUUUCGAUGAUGCCGAUCGGUGGUGACCGUAUCUGGGGUACGGCCGACUCGGCACCCGAUGAUGUGGUAGCGGCCUCCCCAUUAUCGACCGGCAAGAACUCGACAAUUGACCCAAAGAAGGUCAAGGAGCACGUUGAACGCUACGGCUCGAAUGGCCAAGUCGUUCGGUUCGUCAACACUUCGCACGAGAACGUGACGGUCGGCGGCGUACAGAAGCUGCUGGGCGAGUUGGACCCGUACCUCGAUGCGUUCCGUUCGUCGUUGAGUACCGGCAUCGCUGAAGACCCGUCGUUGCCUGAAUACGACCACUACAAGUACUGGACGAACCCGUUGGAGGCCCCUCUACCCAAAGCUCCGAGCUUGAAGGUGUUCUGCUUUUACGGCGUCGGCAAGCCCGUUGAACGAGGAUACACGUACGGAGACAACCGGCCCGAUGAAGACAACGUGAUCGUGAACGGCAAGCGCGUUGCUCCGUACGUAUUCAACACGGCAAUUGACGAUCUUCCUUAUAUCAAGGGCGGGCUCCGCUACUCGGACGGAGACGGCACGGUGCCGCUUAUCUCUCUGGGACUUAUGUGUGCUAGUGGUUGGCGGACGAACAAAUUCAACCCGGGCGGCGCCGACGUGCGUGUCCGUGAAUACCGACACAACCCCGUGUCCAUGCUGUUCGACGCGCGUGGCGGACCUGAGACGGCCGACCACGUCGAUAUCAUGGGCAACCACGCUCUCAUCCGUGACGUUCUACUUGUUGCCGCCCGGGCCUACGACCGCGUGCCAGAAAACAUCACGUCCAGCAUCAUGGAGAUAGCCGAACGUGUCGGAGAACUUUAAUGUCGUUCAUUAAUCAUCUCUCGCUCAAUUAUAAGCAUGUUAGACAUCCCUUUCGACGUUAGAUCGAUACGUGUUCUACAUGUUUGUUGGUAGGGUAGAUAGAUAUUCUCAUAAGGUUGGCCAGAGUCCUAUGAAGAAAUCUUAAAAGUGUUCGCUUGCUUCGGCUUGAACAGCACCAAACCGUGCCUUGC